AUUAACAUUACAGUUGUCAAUUAUACAGAGGCUAUAAAAAAAGAGAAGAUAAACAUUUUAUCCAUCAGGGGGAAAAGCUCUUGUUCACCUAGUGUACGUAACAGAGCCACUGUUCCCCCAGUUUGCUGCCCGCUUUCCGAUGAACUAUUCCAACAGUUAGCUAAUUCUGUUGACCCUCUAGAUGGUACUGAUUCUUGUCUAAAGGGUGUAGAUCUUUAUUGUAAGGCUUUAGAAUUUUGUGUAUCAAUAUGAUUGUGUAAUGUUGAUGCAGCCAUACUUGAACUUUUGGCAUAGAUCGUUUUUAACAACAGUAAUGGUCGAUCAUUACCCACUCUCUGAGUUUGCAUGCUAAUGUGUGUAUUAUGUUAUUAGCUUUGGCACCUCCACCGUGGCAUCAGCACCCGUGAAACAUCCAUCUUCUCUUUUCUUUUUAUAGCCUCCUUUUAAAAGGUCACCAAAGGUUAAGUGUGUCUUACAUCCUCUGAUGUGCCCGAAGUCUCCAUUCCAUGUAACUGAAUCAAUUCCAAUCAUUUUUCCUAUGUACUUUCCCAUUUCAAGCCCACAGCUAUCACUGCCCGUGCAUCCAGUUUCAUUGAUGCACCCAUUUUUUGAGUUGUGGUUACAGUUUUGUCAGUUGUGGUUACAGUUUUGUGGGUUGUGGUCAUAAUUUUGUGAACUUCUGCUUCUAAUUUUUGCAUUCCUAUUUUGGCACUGAUUACACACCAUACACAGCACUGGGUGUGAUAAAACAGGGAAUGAGAAAUGAGGAAAUGAGAAAUAAGAAAUUCGGAAAUUUAGAAAUGAAGAAAUAAGAAAUAGGAAAUGAAAUAAUUAAUCAUUACCAUGGCAUUAAUUUUCAUACACAAUAAUUAUGACAUUGUCAUAAAUUAUAGAUGCACAAAAGUAAUGACUGAUAUCAGCCAAGAAGCUAGUAGGUGACUAAGCAUUUAGUAAAUAUAUAUAGUAGCACUGAGAAGGUUCAUGUAUAUAGGCACCUCCACAGUACAGGUUGUCAGACACAUUGUAAGAAUUAAAUUUUACCAUUGCUGCAGAUGGCACGGUGAGCUUUCUUUCAUUAAAGGUAGCAUCAGCCUUCACUAAGCAUUGCUUGUGAGAAUGGUAAUGGGAAUUGCUUUCUUCACCCUGUAACGAGAUUGGAUAUGAUACCAGUACAGUGUACUAAUGUCAUUACUUCCUGCAGCUUUACGACAGGACUGGCAGAUUAGAAAUUGCUUGAACAGUUUUGGAAGUUUCUUUGCUGUCGUACAUGUAGAUGUUGACAUUGAGUCCAGUCCAUUGACUAUCACUUGCCCACCGGAUUGUGAAAUCGGUGAAUAUACUGCCAGUAUAUAGGUAAAUUAAUUGGGACUGUGGGACUCGGUGUAGGACAGUACAUGUAAGUACCGUUACGUAGGUAGAUCUGAUGUCUAAACCAUGCCAGUUCAUGUUGUACAUGGCACACAAGUAGGUAGAGGUAGAGAGUGUCACACCGUGUACCAGCUGACAGAGGAAUAAGACAGUAUGCCUGUAUGGUGGCAGAGCACCAGGAGGUACCUGUAGCUCAGUAGAUCAUGCGCAGCUUCGUCUUCAGACUUGCUCUGCCUAAACAGCUUGUUCUCAUUUCUUCAUUUCCUCAUUUCCUAUUUCUUAUUUCCUCAUUUCAGUUCUUUCACCGCCCCACAGCACUGCAGUGUGACAGUGCUUUGUAUAUGCAAGUAAACCAACCUGCUGCUACUGGUAUUACAUCAAGUGUCUAGACAUGGAUGACAAAGAAUAUGACAGUCUUCAAAGUCUGACCGAGCCUGCAUGGUGCUGUAAUCAAUGCUACUCGGAUGCACUACCUUUACAUGGGGACACCACCAUCACAUUAUCUCCGAGCCCAUCAAUAGAUGCAACAUCACCUAUACCUACCAUCUCUCCACAACUCUCAACUCCUCCAGUUUGAUACUAAGCAUGACAAGGAGUCGACCUAGUGUUCAAUUGGAGACGGAUCGGCCUGGGAACGAGGCUAUCUGUAGGUACACUGAAGUGAAGUGUUAUGUUAUGGACCCGCCAGCAAAUUGGACCCCGCUAGGCCAUGCCCAUUAUUUAAUUUCACUUCCGGUAUUUUUCUUUUAGUGGCCUAACAGACACAAAACAAAACCGAAUUUCCUUUUAUGAUGAUGGAAGCGACUAGCAAACCGCAGACCUUAAUUAUAUAUGGGCUCCUGAUAUUCUUAUUUUUGCUUAAUUUUGUUUAAUUAUAAAUCGAGUCUACAUGUACAACUGAUCUGUAUGAUAGCCUCGUGGAAGUACUCUGACUAGACUAGCGGGCCACUCUACGUUCUAUUUGUGCGAAAAUCAUGUUGUAUUAUAAUUAUGUGGAACCAGGAGUGCAUGAAUAUGAAUCCUGGUAGAACUGGAUAUUCGGUUAAUAUUAUUUUUAUCAAUGACCUACCGGAGUGCAUCUCAUCUGCCAAUCCAUUUCUAUUUGCGGACGACACAAAGCUAGUAAAGUGCAUCACUUCUACGGAAGACCAAUUGGAAUUACAAACAGACAUCAACCAGUUGUCAUCCUGGUGCACUACUUGGAACAUGCAACUCAAUGAAGGAAAAUAUAAUGUGCUGCGCAUAACUCAUCCUAGCUGGCACGAAGACAACCCUAAUACACUCUACUCAAUCCACAAUUCUCACCUUAACUUUGCUACAAAAGAAAAAGACCUAGGCUUGUGCAUAGCCAACAACCUCUCCUGGUCACUGCAUUAUAACCUCAUAUCGUCUAAGGCCUACCGAGCUCUUAACCUCAUCCGACGGACGAUUUCAAUGAAAUCAGAAACCAGCACAAAAAAAUCGUUAUAUAUAACCCUAGUUAGAUCCCAGGUCACCUACUGCUCCCAAGUCUGGAGACCAAAUUUGAUCAAGGACAUUCAAAAACUAGAAAGAAUCCAGAGGAGAGCCACCAAAUUCAUACUCAAUGAUUACUCAAGCUCAUACAGAUCAAGGCUGUCCGAUUUGAAGCUACUACCUCUAAUGUACUGGUUUGAAAUACAGGACAUAAUGUUUCUAGUAAAGUCACUAAAGGAACCCUCGGACAACUUCAACAUAAGAGAUCACAUCAAAUUCGUUACUGGUCGCACCCGCUUCAGUUGCAACAACAAACUCACUGUACAAGCCAAUCACUACAGCGCAAGCAGACACUUCUACCUCAAUCGUAUCACAAGGUUAUGGAACUUGAUGCCCACUAUGCUGAUGGAUAUCAGCGCACCACUAACUUCAACAAAGAAUACACUCCACCAUUACUUCUGGGAGCACUUCAAACAAAACUUUGUCUCUGACAUCCCAUGUACCUACCACUUAAUGUGCCCAUGCAACAGAUGCUACACACGUAAUUAUAGCUAG